AUGCCAACAAGUUUCCUGGGCAGUGCCCUCCGGGGCACCUUCCUCUCCACGCUGGGGCUGUGGUGGUCUGUGCGGUACCCCCUGAGGUACCUCCGGAGGAACAGCGAUGCCCAGAGCCAGCCCAGCUGUGGGGCACAGCGCCUGGAGGUGUUGGAAGGGGCAGUCAAAGCUUUCUUUGCUCUGGCAGGGAUACUCGUUGAGCAGUUUGUUCCUACUGGUCCCCACCUGCAGCUGUACAGCCACAAGACACACAGCUGGAUGGAACUCACCCACUGGCACUACUCUACCAUGUAUCUCUUCUUCCUCCUCUCUGGCAUCGUGGACAUCGCCUCGCACUCCCCGCUCAAGCUGCCGCUUGGCUUAGACCGGCUCAUGCUGGCUGUGGCUCUGCUCAUCGAAGGUUUGCUCUUCUGUUUCCAUGACUACAGUGAUGCUGCACUGGACCAUCACCUCUACUCCCUGCUGGCUGUGGCUAUAUUUGCUGGAGCCCUCUGUGCCUUCCUAGAGGUAUUCCUACGAGACCACAUCAUCCUGGAGACCUUCAGGACCAGCUCCUUCCUUCUCCAGGGCUCUUGGCUCUGGCAGAUUGGGUUUGUGCUGUCCCCUCCAUGGGGAGGACCAGGCUGGGAUCAGACCGACCACAGCAACUUCACCUUCCUCACCAUGUGCUUCUGCUGGCACUAUGCAGGAGCUCUUCUUGUCUUGGCAGCAAACUCUGCUGCUUCUCGCUGCUGCAACGAGUCCUGCCAGCUGAAAUUCGGGGACAUCGACGUGGAGCUGGACUGUGGCAUGUGCAUCCGCAGAGGCAACAAGAGCUCCGACGGUGCCCUGCUGCCAGAGAGCCCCUCAGAGGACAAAUGA